GAAAAAAAACACUAACUCCAAUCUCGGGCCUUACCUUUGGGCCCAACAUUUUAACCAUACAUUUAUCUGGAAAAACCCUAAUCUUAUACUCCAUUUUCUGCCACCAUCUUCCUCAGUCGUUCCUGCUCGUGAACCAGCCUCAGGUAAGCAAUGGUGAAGCAUAACAAUGUUAUCCCUAAUGAACACUUCCGUAAGCACUGGCAAAACUAUGUGAAGACAUGGUUUAAUCAACCAGCAAGGAAGACAAGAAGAAGAUUGGCUCGUCAGAAGAAAGCUGUUAAGAUUUUCCCCAGGCCUACUGCUGGACCUCUCAGGCCUAUUGUUCAUGGACAAACUCAGAAAUAUAACAUGAAACUUAGGGCUGGUAAAGGAUUUUCUCUUGAGGAGUUGAAGGCUGCUGGCGUUCCCAAGAAGCUUGCCCGAACCAUUGGCAUUUCUGUUGAUCAUCGCCGCAGGAACCGAUCCUUGGAGGGUCUGCAAGCCAAUGUGCAGAGGCUGAAAACGUACAAGGCUAAGUUGGUCGUCUUCCCAAGACGUGCACGCAAGGUCAAGGCUGGUGAUUCUACUCCUGAGGAGCUUGCGAAUGCCACACAGGUUCAAGGUUCAUACUUGCCCAUUGUUAGGGAGAAGCCAGCUGUAGAACUGGUCAAGAUUACAGAUGAAAUGAAGGCAUUUAAAGCUUAUUACAAGCUUCGCCUUGAAAGAACAAACAAACGCCAUCUUGGUGCCAGACUGAAAAGGGCUGCUGAGGCAGAGAAAGAAGAGAAGAAGUGAAAACUUCAGGAAGUCUUACUUCCUAAUCUAUCCUCAUGAUAAUUUUUGUUAGACAAUUUUUGCUUGAGAUUCUCUUUUUUAAGAAAUUGCUUAGUCUAAGACAUGGAUUGGCUUGGCUAUUGUUAUUUUAUGAACUUUGGUUAUUAAAAGUUUUUGGUUUAACUAGCAAAA